UGUGCUUGCGCGCGCGUGUUGUAGCUCUGUCAAUCCUUGGAUUAGAACCAAUGAUUGCAGCUUGUAGGAGGGCUGUCCAGAGCCAGAUUGUACAAUGUGCCUCAGUGCCAGAGUAUGAGUGGAGAUAAUUACGGAGAAGUCAGACUCUCUCACGCCCUCAGCUUCCUUGUUGUGUCCUUCAGCAAAACAGUGGAUUUAAAUCUCCUCUGACGAGCUUGAGAGCAGCACAAUUUAUCAGGAGGGGGGAAAAAAAAGGAAAGAGAGAGAAAGAACCGAUCCUGACAAAAAAGAAGAAAAAGAAGAAAAAAUAUGAAAACCAUCCAGGCAAAAAUGCACAAUUCUAUUUCGUGGGCAAUCUUCACGGGGCUGGCGGCUCUGUGCCUCUUUCAAGGAGUGCCGGUGCGCAGCGGAGAUGCCACCUUUCCCAAAGCUAUGGACAACGUGACGGUCAGGCAGGGGGAGAGCGCCACCCUCAGGUGCACAAUUGACAACCGAGUCACCAGGGUGGCCUGGCUAAACCGCAGUACCAUCCUUUAUGCUGGAAAUGACAAGUGGUGCCUAGAUCCACGAGUGGUCCUCCUGAGCAACACCCAGACCCAGUACAGCAUUGAGAUCCAGAAUGUGGAUGUGUAUGACGAGGGUCCUUAUACCUGCUCGGUGCAGACAGACAACCACCCUAAGACCUCCAGAGUCCACCUCAUUGUACAAGUAUCUCCCAAAAUUGUAGAGAUUUCUUCAGACAUCUCCAUUAACGAAGGGAACAAUAUCAGCCUCACGUGCAUAGCCACAGGUAGACCGGAGCCUACAGUAACCUGGAGACAUAUUUCCCCCAAAGCUGUGGGCUUCGUGAGUGAAGAUGAGUAUCUGGAAAUUCAAGGCAUCACUCGGGAGCAGUCAGGGGACUACGAGUGCAGCGCCUCCAACGAUGUGGCUGCUCCAGUGGUACGAAGAGUGAAGGUCACCGUGAACUAUCCCCCGUACAUCUCAGAAGCAAAGGGCACAGGUGUCCCAGUGGGGCAGAAGGGGACUCUGCAGUGUGAAGCCUCGGCGGUCCCUUCAGCGGAAUUCCAGUGGUUCAAGGAUGACAAAAGACUGGUUGAAGGAAAGAAGGGAGUCAAAGUGGAAAACAGACCUUUCCUCUCAAAACUCAUCUUUUUCAACGUCUCUGAACAUGACUACGGGAACUACACGUGUGUAGCCUCUAACAAGUUGGGCCACACCAAUGCCAGCAUCAUGCUAUUUGAACUAAAUGAGCCUACAAGCUCAACUUUGUUGCAAGAAGUGAAAACUACAGCCCUGACCCCUUGGAAAGGCCCGGGUGCUGUCAGUGAGGUGAGCAAUGGGACAUCAAGGAGGGCAGGCUGCAUUUGGCUCCUCCCCCUUCUGGUCUUACACCUGCUCCUCAAAUUUUGAUGUGAGUGCCCCUUCCCUGCUGGGGAGAGCUGCCGCCACUGCAUCUCAAUACAGCACUACAACACGACAGAAGUCAGAAUCAAAAGAAAUUCAGAGAAUCACAGCCAAUGGGACAGAAAUUCGAGGGAGGGGAACAAAGAAUACUGUGGGAAAGGAAAAACAAAGUUUAAAAAAAAAAAAAGGAAAUUUGAAACUCGCCUUGCAGAUAUUUAGGUACCACUGAGUUUUCUUUCUUUUCCCGGAUGGGAAGAAGGCACACCUGGCUUGGACCCACCCACAGGCUGCACUGUGUGAUCUCUCUGUUGCCAGGGUGGGCAAGGGCUCAGCCAUUCUGCCCACUAAGGUGCCCCACCGUGGAACAUUCUGGAGUUGGCCAUCUCAAACUUCACCAGUCCGUAGGGACAAGCACAGAAUGAGAAGCAGGGGCCCAGAUGUGCCACAGAGGGCCCUUUUGGUGGGCUGCGUCAUGGUGGCGUGUGUCAUGAACUGUGAAAUCAGAAGAAAAAAAAACGAAUGAAAGAAAGAAAGAAAGAAAGAAAGAAAGAAAGAAAGAAAGAAAGAAAGAAAGAAAGAAAGAAAGAAAGAAAAGAGAGAAAGAAAACAAGACAGCCUGACAGCAACAUAAUCCCACAAGCGACAGUCACAAAAGAUACCGUUAAAAUUUUGUUUUUCCAUUUUAUCACAUGGACAUCAUGGAUUAAUAAGGGAUUCUGAUUCAUUAUUGAUUUUGUUAAUUAUAUUUUCGGAUAUGAGUCUAGAACCUAGGGCAAAAAUAAGAGACAAAACUAGAAACACACAGGAGAGGGUGGAAAGGGAGCGCACCUAUUAAGCGUUCAAAGGGAAUAGCGUACUCCCUACCUAAGUUUACAACUGCUGGACCACACACUGGGCGCUAACCACCUGGUAAGGAUUUGGCAAAUCCACCAGAAACACAUGUGAUUAAAAUAAAACACCUCCACCAGCGUUACAGAUUCCUCCUCAUUCUGGCAUUUCAUGCAGACAGUGCUAUGCUAUCUCCACACUGCUUAAACAUGGAAGGUUGAUCCACACUCUCUCUUGGUUUGUUGGCCAUGCUUCUUUUGAUGACAUAUAUUAUACAGUAUAUAUAUAUACAUAUAUUUUUUUUGUUAGAGUUCUAGCCAUUUUGUUUCUCAGCAGGGUCCUUUCUCAGACAUUACUGCAUGCUGUAUAUGGCGUUAGCUGUGUGUUGACCUUCUAAAAGAUGAUAGAGUUUACUGGUAAUUGUGUAAUCAGCUCCUUCCUUUUUUUUUUUUUCCUUGGGUUAUUUACACGUCAGAGACAUUUCUAAAAAGAGCGGAAAGGACAGCAGAAACAAUAACUAAUACCAGGCGCAGCAUCUUUCCAGGUGUGGCUCUCUGAGGCGGAGGCCGCCAGCUUGGCUUCUCCAUCACACCUUGGGGCAUUAACGGACAGCAAGCAACUGAAACAACUAAACCAACAGUCAGUAAUCACUUGCUUUAGCCCAUUGUGGGAAUCCCUGAUGCCUUUGUGACUACUGGAGAACUUAAUCCUCUUGGUUUAUUUUAUUUAAUUUUCCACCUUUGUGUGAGUGUGUAUGAAAGAGAAGAAAAAUGCAGUUUUUAGGUAACCAUUUUUUUCCUUCCCUGAAGUCUGGGGACCAGAGAGGCCUCGGGGAGGGGUCCUGGAUGUGAUGAGGGAAAGUGGGAUUGGGGGAUAGGGGAGGGAUGGGUUGUCUCUGACUUGACAUUAAAAAGUGUUCCAUGUCCCUCUUCA